AUGUCUACUUUCGAUUUCGACUUUAUAUUGAAUGAACACAAUCCAUCAUUGGAGUUCCAAACUUACGCAUCUUCACCAGAAAGUAUACGAUCAGCUGUCUCAGAAGAAUCAAGUUUUUCUCCAUCCCCCAGUUCUGAUGAAGUCCAGUUUGCUAAUAAUCCACUGGGAAAUAUUGUAAAAGUGGAGGAAGAUUUAGAAGAAACACAAGGUAGUAACUCAAAAAGAAGACUACGAACUACAUUCUCCAACGAUCAGCUUCUUUAUUUGGAACAAUUAUUCGCCGAGAGCAAAUACUUAUGUCGUCCAAAAAGAAUUAUGACCGCAACUAAACUAGGACUCCAAGAAAGACAGAUAAAAGUCUGGUUUCAAAAUCGACGCAUGAAGCAGAAGAAAUUAGAGAAGGAAAAUGAAGACACCAAUAACGGAAAAAUCAGUUCAUUUUCCGCAAAUAACGAUGUAAAAAAGAGGAGUAAUCAGUUGAUCACCACAGAAGAUGCAAAGUUCAGAAGAAUGAAUACAUCGGCUGGAUUCAGGUCAACAGUACAUCAUCAUCAUCAUCAUCUACCACAAAAUAUCGACUUGAACACCGAAUUAUAUGAUAGUUAUUUUUCAAAUACCGUCAACUAUCAAACUGCAUACAGCGGGAGUCAGCAAACCGGAAAUAUUAACUAG